AGUCUAAAGCAGUAAGUUUAAAAGUCAAAUAAUAUAUAUAUAUAUAUAUUCAUUUCUUUUCUUUUUUUAAAGGAUAUGAUUAUAACUAAUCAUGAUAAAAUAUAUUAUCGACCAUUCCGUAAAGAUUUUUAUACAGUUGUACCUGAAAUAGCUAAUAUGACAGAUGCUGAAGUUGCUGCAUAUCGAGAAGAACUCGAUGGUAUUAAAGUAGUUGGUAAACGAUGUCCAAGACCAAUAAAAACAUGGUCACAAUGUAUAACAUCUGAUAAAAUUUUACAAUCUUUAAAAAAAUAUAAUUAUGAAAAACCAACACCUAUUCAAGCUCAAGCAUUACCAAUUAUUCUUUCUGGUCGAAAUAUGAUUGGUAUUGCUAAAACAGGCAGUGGAAAAACUUUAGCAUUUCUUUUACCAAUGUUUCGUCAUAUAAAAGAUCAACCACCAUUAGAAGGUGACGAUGGUCCAAUAGCUAUUAUUAUGACACCAACUCGUGAAUUAGCAUUACAAACAACAAAAGAAUGUAAAAAAUUUGCUAAAUUAUUUAAUAUUCGUUGUGUUGCUGUUUAUGGUGGUACAGGAAUAUCAGAACAAAUUGCAGAACUUAAACGUGGUGCAGAAAUUAUUGUAUGUACACCUGGACGUAUGAUUGAUAUGUUAGCUGCUAAUGGAGGUAAAGUAACAAAUGUUCGACGAGUCACUUAUGUAGUUGUCGAUGAAGCAGAUCGAAUGUUUGAUAUGGGUUUUGAACCACAGGUGACAAAAAUUCUUGAUAGUAUUCGACCUGAUCGUCAAACAGUUAUGUUUUCAGCAACAUUUCCUAAACAAAUGGAAGCAUUAGCACGUAAAACUCUUUAUAAACCAAUUGAAGUUACUGUUGGUGGACGAAGUAUUGUUUGUAAAGAUGUUAUACAAAAUGUGCUUAUUCUUGAUGAUGAUCAAAAAUAUUUAAAAUUACUUGAAUUACUUGGUAUAUAUCAACCACAAGGUUCAGUUAUUGUAUUUGUUGAUAAACAAGAACAUUGUGAUGAAUUAAUGAAAAAUUUAUUGAGAAAUUCUUAUCCAUGUAUGUCAUUACAUGGUGGUAUUGAUCAAUAUGAUCGUGAUUCAACGAUAGUUGAUUUUAAAAGUGGUGAUAUGCCAUUAAUGAUAGCAACAUCUGUUGCUGCACGUGGUUUAGAUGUUAAAGAUUUAAUUCUUGUUGUUAAUUAUGAUUGUCCAAAUCAUUAUGAAGAUUAUGUACAUCGUUGUGGACGAACAGGUCGAGCAGGAAAUAUUGGUUAUGCUUAUACAUUUCUAACACCAGCACAAGAACGUUAUGCUGGUGAUAUAAUACGUGCAUUAGAAACAUCUAAUACACCUAUACCAGAAGAAUUAAAUUUAUUAUGGGAUGGUUAUGUUAAAAAAAUGGAAGCUAUGGGUAAAAAAGUUAAAACUGGUGGUGGUUUUAGUGGACAUGGUUAUAAAUUUGAUUCAUCAGAAACACAAUUAAAAGAUGAACAAAAAAAAAUGCAAAAAGUUGUUAUGGGUUUAGGUGAUUCGGAUGAAGAUGAAGAAAGUCAAGAUAUCGAUCAACAAAUUCAAUCAUUAUUUAAAAGUAAAAAAUCGAUUAAAGCUAAAGGUGAUGCACCAGUCUUACCAAAUGCACCAACUACUCAAAAUGAUGAAGCCAGUGGUGUUACUACUGUGAAUGAUACAGCAUCAAAAUUAGAAUUAGCCAAGAAAGCAGCUGCUCGGCUUACAUUUACUAAAUCCGAAACUCGAGAUUCUAUACAAGAAGCAACAACUUCAUUAUUUCAACGUGGUGGUACAUUAAAUCCAACUGUAUCCAGUCGUAUUGUAGCACAACAACGAGCUGGUGAAUUAAAUCAAAAAUUAAAUUAUCAAAAACCGGAAGAAGAAAUACAAGUUACAGAAGAUGCAUUCAAAAUAUUUGAAGAAGAAUUAGAAAUAAAUGAUUUUCCACAAAAUGCACGAUGGAAAGUUACAAGCAAAGAAACAUUAGCACAUAUUUGUGAUUAUGCUGAUGUUGGUAUGUCUGUACGUGGUCAAUAUUAUCCAAAUAAUAAAGAAGUUGCACCGGGUGAUAGAAAACUUUAUUUACAAAUUGAAUCAUUAACUGAACGUGGUCUUCAAUUAGCUAAAGCAGAAGUUGCUCGAUUAAUUAAAGAAGAAAUGAUGAAAAUGCAAAAUCCAGCUUUACAACUUGUCAAUCGUGGUCGUUAUAAAGUUGUUUAA